AUGGACACUCCAAAGACGCCGAUUGAGGGCAGCGCCUUUCUGCCAGUUGGCGAACCAGAUGGCGAUGAGGAGCACAACAUGAGCGCUGUAGAAAGCGAGCUCGACGAUGAGGCGGAGAACGACGACGAUGAGACCGAUGACGAUGAUGAGAGUCAUGCGUCGUCGGAGGAAGACCCGGAAGUCGCAAAACCCAUUCAGACGAAGAUCUUCGAAGCGAUCGAGAAGAUCAAAACGAAGACCUACAAGCUCGGCAAUCGCGACCAGCGCAAGCAGUUCUUCGACACCUACGGCGAAGCCAUGAAGAACCGAACUGAGGACGACGAUCUUACAUUUCUGCACGUUCUUCUCAAUACGCGCGACAUACCGGUCAAGACGCUCGAGUCGCCCGUCAAGCACAUUGUGCAGAAGUACCCUCGACUGCUCCUCGAGGCUGACCGCGAGAAGAAGACGCCGCUGUAUAUCGCCAUCGAGUCCUCCAAGAUGAGCCGCCUCGCCGAGAUCAUGAUCGACGGCUGCAAGUACUUCGACAGGGCCCUUGCUAAGCCAUGUCGUGAGAAGGGCGAGAACUGCCUGCACCUUGCCAUGCGAUCGCGACAUCUGCCGGGUGCCGUCAAGCAGAAAUUUAUCAGGCUUGCGCCCAAAGAGGCCAUUUACGCUCAGGACAGCAAGGGCUACACCCCGCUCCAUUACGCUGUCGAAUUCAAGCGUGCGAAUGAGGAGCAGCUCGAGGUUGUCAAGCAACUCAUCGCCAAGGACGACACGGCAUUUCUCAAGGUCACCAAGGCUCCCGAUCCCCGGUCGGUGUACCAGUAUGCAGAGCACACUCGCCUUACCUACGACGUCCCGAAGGCAUCAACAAGGACCCCCGCAAGCUCCAGAUCAAAGGAUAAGAAUGCCGACUCGAGGACGCCAGGAGAGCAAGACGCAUCCAGGGAUCAGCCUGAGCCACAAGCACCGGCAGCGCCCAAGCGUGAACUAGAUCCCAAGUCCAAGCGAGAGGCCGAGAGAAAAGCGCGCGAGGAGAUAGAGGCGCGACAGAAGAAGGAAGCCAGUUCGCGCCAUGGUCAGGGCAGAAACGAGAACCCCGAUGUUAAGUCUCGUGAGCCUGUGGGCCCGCCGCCCGUUGAUGGAUCGCGGAAAGGGGACGCCGUCGAUCCGCUGAUCCGGUCGCUCACCCGCAAAGCUACUGUCACAUUUGAUGAGACGGCAAAGGAAAAGUCUUCACGCAAGUCUCGCAAGACGGUCGAAGAUCCAAAAGAAGCUGAGGAAACGAAGAAGAAGCUGGAGGAGUGGUCAGCGAAGAUCCGUUUGGAGCUCAAGCUGCAUUGCAUGAGGACCAGAGCUCCGGACGAGACGACACGGUUCUUGUACGGGAAGAAUAAGGCUGGCACACAAAUCUGUUUCGAGUACUUCGGCGCUCCAGCUGCCAUCAAGUCUCGCGAUUUCAAAGCUAGUUUCGAGCACCUCCGUUUUGAUGAGGUCCUGCAAUAUGUUGCCUUUCCUCGUCUUGAAGUCGAGCCCAAGCCGGCUCUACACCCGAGAACUAACGCCGCAGACGAGGACUAUCCCCUCGAGAACCUAGGACGCGGCCGGACCGACAUGAUCUACUUCUUCGACUGGCUUCGCAAGAAAAAUGUUAAGCGCAUUAUCAGAGUCAUCGUACAGGAGGUCGACGGUCAGCCUUCGCACAGUGACGAGGCUAUCGAGCGGGCCUUGGCUGGCUUUCAGGUCGAGGCACUGGACUGGCAGAAGCCAGAUCUCGACCCAGAUACGAUAUGUGCCGUCAGCGAAGAACUAAGGGAACUGACGCUCCACUGGCGAGGAAACAAUGCCGUGCUAAAGGGCUGGAGUGAUAACGACGGCCUUCGCCGGCUGCGGCAUCUGGAGAAGGUCCAUAUGCACAUUCAUCGGGACCUUGAGACCGUUGAUCGAUCCCUGCUGUACUUUCAAAGGUUCUGCAAGAGACUCAAUGAGGAUUGUGUUCCAGCCGCUCGAGAGGCACCGCUACCAACAGACGAGGCUAGACUGUCCAUCUCGAUUCCCAACGGCAACGGCAUUGGUGAUGAUGCAUCUGAAGUAAGCAGAGAUGAUCAGGGUGAAAAGAUCGAGACAUUGGCCUUCGCGCGUCGCAAACCCGUGCAGGUUAUCUCACACAACAACGACAUUAGAGCAGACACAUCCCUUGGUGCUACACCCUCUGCCUCGCAAGCAGAGGCCAAGGCGCAGGCAACUUCUCAUCGCUGGCUUGACACGACUGACAACUUUGCUGACAUGAUUCAAAAUGUGUGGAUGACUGCCAUGCGCAAGGGUCGCGGGGGGCCAACUCGUGACCAACCUCUGCUGAAGCAUGUCGUUGUUGCUCUCAUCGACGAUGGAGUUGACAUGCAUGAUCAAUCUCUCCAGGGCAAGAUCCUCGAUGGUCAAACAUUCGACCACGGAGACGACUUCCGCGUUCGUCCAUACUGGGUGUCGGAAAAGGGCCACGGUACAGUCAUGGCAAACAUGAUCUGCCGAGUCUGCCCCAUGGUCAAGAUUGUGGCCAUCCGCUUGGAUACAAGAGCUUCGUCCACUCCAGGCAAGACGAGCAUUGUUGUUCGAAGUGCGGCAGAGGCCAUCGAAGCGGCCGUCGAGAAGGACGCGCACAUCAUCUCCAUGUCCUGGACUGUCGCUCCACCCACCGACACCGAGGAUAAGGAGAAGUUUGACGAGGCGAUCCGUAUUGCUGCCAAGCAGAAGAUCCUCAUGUUUUGUUCCUCCAGCGACGGCGGCCACUAUUCCGACACUGACUACCCGAGCGCCAGUGCCCGCGACAGCCUAUUCCGCAUUGGCGCCGCCCAAGACGACGGUCUUCCGUACUCGUGGGCUGGGCCCGUCGACAAACUCGACUACAUUUUCCCCGGCGUGGAGGUGGUGCAGCGCAGCUCGCGGCCAGCACCAGGCACGCUCGCCAAAUGGAAGCCCGAAACAGGGUCCAGCAUCGCGACCGCUCUAGCGGCUGGGCUGGCGGCGUUGGUGGUGUACUGCGUCAAGAUAGGGGCGCUGCAUACGCAGAGCAAUCCAGGGGCCAAGACAACCGGCGUCACGGCAGCUGAUGUUGACCUGAUCAAGAUGCACAAGAACAUGAAGCAGGCUUUCGACGGUAUCGGUGCAAGCCGGGAGACGCAGCACAAGUUCAUCGAGGUCUGGCGGUUGUUUGAGUCGGCGGUUGGCGAGCUGAGAUCAGGAGACCAUGACAGCCGCAUGGCGGUGAUUGCCAACUUGGCAAGGAACCUGGUGCGAAGGUCAUGA